GAAAUACAACUCGACAUAGCAAAAGAACUGUUAACUACUAAUAUCACCUUUUUGGGUUUAUACCCAUUUUAAAAUGUAUAGAUUAGGUUGCCUGUUAAUACUUUGGGUUGUGUGCGCGAGUGUGUCCUCAAAUGACGAAGGUCAAAAUGGAUUCGGUCAAUCCUUGGAUUUUGGUUCAAUUUUUGACAACAAAGAUUCCGGCAUAGCGUCGUUGGCUUCAAGUCCCGUUGUCGCAGCAGUUCUAAAUGUAGAUAAAAGUCAAUAUCCGAAAAUGUUUGAUACCGUUGUUAGUAGUUCUAUUGACUCUUUGCAAAGUCAAGUAGCGCCUAGAGAUGUAUUCGCCGCUAAUAACUUUGGCUUUAAUCCCAUAGCAAGUCAAAGCUUUCUUCCAUACGGCAAGUCAGCCAAGUUAGUAGCACAGCAAGCACAGCAGCAGACUAAUCCUCAAGCUCAGCAACUUAGCCCUUUGCGAUACGAUAUACGAACUGUACAUGAUCCUUUUUAUAGAGUUUAUAAACCUGAUGAGAAUGAAGAGGAGAAAGAUAUUUUAGCUGCUCUGAAAAAAAAUCCCACAGUUGCGGCUUAUUUUCAACCAACUGUGAAUGUUGAAGUUAAACAUCCUUUACAAUACCACAAAGAGGAUUUGAUCGAAAAACUUGAGGGUGCACAAAAUUACAAGCUAAAUCCUUAUAUUGCAGGACCAGCUCGUAUUCGACGGUAUACAGGAGGCAGAAGCAGGGAAAACUUGAAAAAAGCUGAAGAAGAUGAAGAAGACGAUCCUUAUAAUUAUAAAGCAGAGUACAUAUCUAAGCCCAAGGCUUUUGACGAAAGUCCCUAUAGCAGCCCUUAUAAGAAAAACAAGGAAUCUAAGGAUAAAUAUGACUACCCAUAUAGCUAUGACUCAGGCUAUGAUCACAAAGAAUAUGACAGGAUUAAAGAGUUGUCUGAAAAACAGGCUGCUGAAAUAAGACAAAAUCCAGGAAACUGUAAGGAAGUUAAAAGGGAUGGUAUGACAUGUAUGUCAUGUAAAGAUGCUAAAACAGGAGGAAACUAUGAAUCUUGUUCAUAUGUUGCGGAACCAAAAAAUAAUAAAUAUGCGUAUUCCAAAGAAAGAAAAUUUGAUAGCAAUGAUGAGCCCGACGAACCGGAAAAUGACCAAAAAUCAAAAGAACCAAAGCAAUCUGAGGAGUUACAAGAAACAAAUGCAGAUGAUACUGCCCCGCAAAAAUUUACUGAAGCUGAAAAUGAAAAACCUUACAGUAGUUAUAGACAAGCAGAUAAAGACGAUUCCGGUGAAAAAUAUAAAGCAUUUUACAUACAUACAUCUAAACCCAAACCAAGUGAAGCGCUAAGGGAAGCCAGUAAUGAAGAUAAUUCCGAAGAAGUUAAACCAAAGUCUUACGAUUAUAAAAAAGCAUUACCAGGGUUUUACACCGACAACGAACCCAAAAAAGAUGUUGAACACGUUUUAGCUGAAUUCAAAAAAAAAGACAGGUCUUCAUGUAAAAAAGUACAAAAAAAUGCUAUGACUUGUUACCAGUGUAUAGAUAAAAAUGGGUUGAAACAUGAGGAAUGUAUGUUUGUAUCUGAAUCUGCACCUAAACAAAGUCAUUUAGCAUAUCAAGAACUGAAAGAAUUCACAUCAAAACCCGCAACUAUUGAUGGCGGAAAUGAAGCCGCUGAAAGUCAAACCAUUACUACAAGUGCACCCGCAAAAGCGGCAUAUGUAGCAGCUUCAACAAAUUAUGGUAAAAAAUUAAAACGUAAAAAGGCACCUCAGGCUGCUUUAGCAGUCGCUGCAACAAAUUCUGUAGCGAAAACUGCUCAAAAAGUGAAAAGAAGUGAAGGAUCUGACUUAAAGACUAACGAUAAAAUUAUCGAUAAUUCUAAUGUAGCGCCUCCUGAAGAAUUUGCAGGUGCUGAGUCUAAACCAGCUUUUUGGGCAGAAACUGUUCCGCGAUAUAGCGCAGCGUUAGGUGUUACUUUACCUGAAUAUAUGCUCUCCAGGUCAGAACACGAAGCUUCAUUUGAUGAGGCUGUAGCUGGCGCAUAAUUUGGCUUUGAUUGUUAGUCAACUUAAAACAUAAUUAGAGCGUGACAGUUGUAAAACUUUUAUUUAAAACCUGAAUAGAUAACGCAUAACAUAACGGUUAUUUGUUGCAUAAUAAAGUUAGAUUUCACAGAUUGAUACAGUGACAAUCUAACCAUGAAACAUAAAUAAGAUAACAAAAAAUAUGAUUACAACAAUAAUUAUUGUGACAAUCAGUAAAUACAAUUUGGGGCAACAUGCUGUUAAAUUUUUUACAAUCUAGUGUAGGAUUUGUUA